AUAGCAACUAGUGACAACGUACACAGAGUAGGAAACAUAAUAUUUCGCUCUUCAUUUUUCUGAUACAUUUCCUUGAAUUUAGCAAUAAUGGAAGGUUGUGAGCUUCACUUGACCAUUGACUAUGUCGGCAGUAGCGGAAUUAUCCUUUCCCCUGAACAGAAAGCUGCUUUACAGACAUCACUCGUGAUUUUACAGAGUGAAAAUAAAUUUAAAAAGGUUUAUUUCUGGGGCAAAAUAUUAGGAAUCAAAGACGAUUACUUUAUUGCACAAGGAACUGGAAAAGAUGAAAUGGCAGAGAGAAGGACAUUUUACAGCAAGGACUGUGUCCACUGGGGCCUGUUGCCACCAGCAACAAAACUGGUUAGAGAAACCAGCAAACUGGCGAAGGGCAGGUUCACCGGGGACCCAUCCUUUGAGUUUGAGCAUGUUGAAACGAAGAAGGUUGGAGAGGGUGAAGAUGCCACAGAAGAAGAGGAAACGAUCACAAUCAAAGAAGAAGACAGACUUGCAUCCGUGAUUGCUGAGAUCGAUGAAGAUGUGAAAAUUGUUCCACGUGCAUCUUUCAUCAAAACACCAACUGGCCUUGUUGUGCCAAACAGAAGCUUUGAAGGAUUGACGGUGUCAGAGGCUGCCAAGCUGUGCUCGUACAUGCAUUUCCGUGACCCAAAACUAAUGCUGGAGAAGUCGCUACUUCAGAAGGCAAACCUUGACAAAUCAAUAGAUUUCCUGGACACACUUGAGGAUGACAUUCCUAAAGGGUCAUGGAGCCUGCAGUUUGAGCGAGGGAGUGGACUGGCCACCCUGCGCAGUCUUCUAUGGCUAGGCUACGUAUUCUACCACGUCCCAGGAAGCAGAAAGUUCGGCUCAGUGUAUGUGGGAACAGGCGAGAGGAAUCUUGACCUGCCCUUCAUGUUGUAAUCUGUGAUACAAACAUGCCCUGUCUGUGAUUAUGUUAUGCUUACAUCUGUGUUAAAAAACAACAACAAAAAACAAGCAAUAUAACAUCAGUAAUUCAAUAAUUUUUGAACAAAUAUUUAGGUUCAAAAUAUUCCUGUUUCCAUGUUGACCAAAAAAUGCAUAAAGAAAGCCAAAUAAAACCACCUCUGAUAGUGUGGAAUACAACAUGUUUAGUGAAUGAAAUGAAUGGAAAUAUGUUUUGCCUUCUAUAGUGAAAAUUUAUAGAACUUUGUUUCUGUUAGAGUGACAUUAUCAGUCAUAUGAAUUUAUCAUAGUUUUUCAUAUGAUGUACAUUGUUUCUGUAUUUGUAUUUAAGAUAUUAAAAUAAAUUCAUGACUCAAUAGUU